AUGGCAAACUUUCGAGGUCCAAAGUGAGUAUAUUUUACUUGUCUUUUCUCAAAUACCCUAAUUAUCUGAGUUCCUUUAGUGCGGCAUAGUUUUGUAAUUCUUUUUUUUUUUUUUCACAGCAACUUUAGAUCAGACGAUGGUGAGGAAGAUGUACCGUUGUACAACGGUUAUUUAUUUCAGAGAAGUCAAGAGCAAGAGAGUUAUCAAAAUCAACCAGGAGCGUACUCUCCGUAUCCGUAUUAUUUAACUAGCAACCCAAGAAUACCUUACCAGUGCGUUCCUCAGGAGGCUCCGCGAUCUUGUAGCCCAAUCAGCAGUUCUCGAGCUGACUUAUCUGGUGAGAAGGGUGUCACAGAAAUGAGCAGGCGUACAAGCUGGGAAUAUGCAGAAACACGAAGCUUGACUGCAGCCUACCGGGCAAAUUAUGAUCGUUUAAGGUCCACAAAGAGUAGCCAUGGCAAGAAAAGCGUAUGGGAUUCAAUUAUGGCAGAUUUUGUUAGUUUCUGCUGCGACGCGGGCAUAGAAUCAGAGAAAACACUAGCCCAGAUUAAAGAGAAAUGGCACUCUUUGUUCGACAAAUACAAAGCCGUCAAAGAUAGCAACAAGACAGGAAGGGACCGUAAGACCUUUGAGUUUUACGAUGAGAUCGAUGAGUUCAUGUCAGGGUCCGACAAAGUAAACCCGAAAUUUGUCAAGGAGACAAGAGUAAUUCAAGUGAGGCCACAGGAUUCCGCGACAAAUUCUGAGUAG